GACACAUCACAUGCAUGCCGGAAACACGUAUUUAAGCAGCAGGAGUGCCUAUGCUCAUGCUACCUAUCCAUCAACAUUACUUACCACAAGCACUUGCAUUCGUCUCUGCUCAAGGCAAAACAGCAGACAAGUUCAGCCAUGCAAGGCCCUAGCACCAUGUCCUUCAGGCAAGCGUUCCUCGAGAACCUCCUUGUAAGUCUCCAGCUCCAGCAGGAGCACACGAGCAAACAUCAUUCGUCAUCACUCGGUGCCGCCAUGAGCCUUCAUGAGAGGAAGCUCGCUGUCAAGUCCUCUGCCGAUGUCGCCAUGGCGGCUGCCCGUGGCGCCGGCGCGAGGUGGACAAGAGCCAUCUUGGCUCCGGCGCCCAGUGCGUGCAAGGUGCAGAGAUGUAGGAGGAUCGUGAUCAGGUGCCGCGGCCGGAAGAGGAGCUUACCGAGAUCAGCUCGUGCUCGCGACGGCGGCACUAGUAGUGGGGGUGAGGUUGCGAGGAGGCUGGUGAGGAGAAGGACUAUGGCGCUGAGGGAGGUGAUACCGGGAGGCCGGGACGCCGCCGUCGACGAGGCCACCCUGCUACGCGAGGCCAUGGACUACGUCGUCCACCUGCGCGCUCAGGUCGACGUCCUCCGCCAGGUGUCGGAAGCCGUGCAAAGAUUCGGCUCGAGUAUCCUGCAGUGAUUCGUGGUCUCCUUGCGUACUCAAGAAAAGGGAAAUAAAAUUAGUUAGUGAUUCAGUGUCAUCAGACGGUGGUGCCCUGGUGGGUGUCACGGCCUUUGGCAAAGAAAAACAUGGUCUUCAUGCAGGAAUAGAUGCAUGAAUGAUGAACAGGCGCACACACACCUUGGCUACUGGUGAAGAACAUGUCAGGAUUUAGUCCGGCUCUUCGGAAUGUUCUGGUCAGUGUGAGGACUUGUAGCUACCUAGUAGAUGUUGUAUCUGAACUUCUGAAGGGAACUACGGAAGGGAAUACAUGACACUACUCUUGUAGAUCAGCCGUGACGACUGAACUGGAUUUAUGUACCGCAACACCUAGUUUAAUCCGUGGAGGUGACUCGUUGGGAGAAGAAACAAACAAGAGAGAUUAAAAUGUUGCUUAAAUCAUGCGUGCUUGUGUAGUUUAAUCUCAAGACCUGUUAAUGCAUUUUUUUUUGGAAA